CCAACUGCCCGACUACUCGUUGGCCUCACCGGUGGGAGCUCCAGCAUCUCCUUUGCUCGAAAUGGACCCCAACUGCUCCUGUGCCACUGGUGGCUCCUGCACGUGCACCGGCUCCUGCAAGUGCAAAGAGUGCAAAUGCACCUCCUGCAAGAAGAGCUGCUGCUCCUGCUGCCCCGUGGGCUGUGCCAAGUGUGCCCAGGGCUGCGUCUGCAAAGGGGCGUCGGAGAAGUGCAACUGCUAUGCCUGACGUGGGGACAGCUCU